CGCAAGCUCAGGAGUUUGCGGUGAUACAGUGGCCAGGGGAUCGUUGAGGAGCGAUGGAUUUUAUCCAGAGUUCAAGAAGAAAGGCUCCAAGGUUGUGAUGAUCAACAGGUACCGGGUGCCCUCAACCCCGCAAUAUACGCUCCUCAAUCAGGCAGGAGCUUUGUAUCCAGAGUGACGUCGUCAACGUGCGACUCCACUUUGUAUCUUCAGCACCUGCAUUAAAGAUACAAUGUCUUCCCUCCAAUUUCCAGGCCUUUUGGUCGCUCGCCGCCGUCAUUAUGGGGCUUCAUGCGGUUUCUGUCGCACUUCUCUCUUUUUGCUAUACGACUGCGUUAACGGCGAGAUUGCCGAGGCGCGCGAACACCACGGAUGUACUUGAUUGGGUUAAUCCGUUGAUUGGAAGUAACAGUGGAGGUAAUGUGUUCGCGGGCGCCACAUUGCCCUAUGGCAUGGCAAAAGCUGUGGCCGACGUAGAUGGCGAGAACACCGGCGGAUUUUCUACAGACGGCUCUAACAUUACUGGCUUUUCAGCGCUGCACGACUCCGGUACAGGAGGAAAUCCUAGCCUAGGGAACUUCCCAAUCUUCCCUCAGAUAUGCCCCUCGGACGACAUCAAUACCUGCAGAUACCCCGUCGGAGCCCGAGCGACACACUACAAAAACGACUCCGUCGUAGCGAAACCGGGAUACUUUGGCGUUACACUCGAGAACGGUAUCAAGGCUGAUAUGACCGUGUCGGAGCAUGCUGCUCUGUUCCGCUUCGACUUCUCAGGGACUGCGACCGGAAACGGCAGCUCGGAUCCUCUAAUAAUGUUAGAUCUCACGGAUCUUUGGCAGAGCCGUCAGAAUGCUUCGGUUAGUGUCGAAGCGGAAGACGGCAGUGAAGGAGGGAGAAUCAAGGGAAAUGGCACGUUUCUACCAAGCUUCGGAGCUGGCUCGUAUGUCGCGUACUUCUGUCUCGAUCUGGCUGGGGGUACAGUCAAAGAUUCCGGCGUAUGGGUGAACGAUCGGGCAGGUACGGAGCCAAAGGCUCUCUACGUCACCCGCGGUUUCAAUCUGUUCUACCUGCAAGCGGGAGGUUUUGUGCGCUUUCAAGGACCGGUUUCUGGGCCUAUAUCCGCACGCAUGGGCCUCAGCUUCAUCAGCACCGACCAGGCAUGUCAGAAUGCAGAGCGCGAAAUACCUGGUCCGGACUUUGACUUCGAUGGCCUGGUAUCCUCUGCCCAGGAUGCCUGGCGAAAGAAGCUUACGCCGAUAUCAAUUGCUACGGAAGGUAUUGAUGGUAGCUUACAAACCAACUUCUGGAGUGCAAUUUAUCGAACCAUGAUUUCCCCCCAGGACUAUACCGGCGAGAACCCUGACUGGCAGAGCAAUGAGCCGUAUUUUGACUCAUUCUAUUGCAUCUGGGAUAUGUGGAGAGUGCAGCUGCCCUUCCUCACCAUCAUGGACCCCGUUCAGCAGGCGAGGAUCGUACGCAGUUUGCUCGAUAUAUACAAGCAUCGAGGCUGGUUGCCUGACUGUAGCAUGAGCACCUGUAAAGGAUGGACCCAAGGAGGUUCAGAUGCUGACAAUGUGUUGGUCGACGCGUAUGUCAAGAACCUGACGGGCAUCGACUGGGAGCUCGCAUACGAAGCCGUCGUCAACGACGCGGAGAACGAGCCGCUGGAGUGGAGUAUUGAGGGAAGAGGCGGUUUAGCCAGUUGGAAGAGCUUGAACUACAUUCCUUAUCUAGACUUUGAUCCGAACGGUUUCGGCACCAACUCUAGGAGCAUUUCGAGGACCUUGGAGUAUGCUUACAACGACUUUGUCCUCGCCACUCUCUCAAAAAGCUUAGGAAAGGACACUUAUACGAAGUAUCUAAUGCGCGCAUCCAGCUGGCAGAACCUCUUCAAAGCCGACCAGAAGUCCUUCAUCAACGGGACCGAUACCGGCUUCACUGGAUUCUUCCAACCCAAGUACCUAAACGGCACAUGGGGUUACCAAGACCCGAUUGCAUGCUCCCCGCUCACGGACUUUUGCUCGCUGACGUCGAAUCCUUCGGAGACGUUCGAGAGUAGCGUCUGGGAAUACAUUUUCUUCGUCCCGCACGAUGUCAAGAAACUCAUCGAGCUGCUUGGCGGCGAGGAGACGUUUUUAAAGAGGCUGGAUUUCUUUUUCACGAGUGGGUUGGCUGAUAUAGGGAACGAGCCAGUGUUCCUCACGGUCUACCUGCCACAUUACGCUGGCAGGCCCGGCUUAAGUGCGAAGAGGGCGCACGAAUACAUCCCCUCGCGCUUCAACUCCUCCCUAAAUGGCCUCCCUGGAAACGACGACUCCGGAGCAAUGGCGUCUUUCACGCUCUUCUCCACCAUCGGGCUCUUCCCUAACCCUGGCCAAAACGUUUACCUCAUUAUCCCGCCGUUCUUCCAGUCCGUCAGCAUAACCUCUCCGCUCACCAACAAAACCGCCAUGAUACGCAAUGUGAAUUUCGACAAUGCAUAUAAGAAUAUUUAUAUUCAGAGUGCGAAGUUGAAUGGGGAGGCGUAUACCAGGAAUUGGAUUAGACAUGAGUUCUUUACGGAGGGAUGGGAGUUGGAACUUACGUUGGGGAGUGAGGAGAAUGCGUGGGGUUCUAAGGAGGAGGAUAGGCCGCCGAGUAUGGAGGGGAGCUCGGGAGCGGUGAAGAUGUUGUAGUGCGGUACGGUUGAUGCUGUGUCUCAAGCACUCUCCAAAAACGGUGUAGAGAUUCGAUGUCUGACUUCUACAAGGCAAAAUAGAUCCGAUCGCCACCGCCGCCCUCCAUCCUCUCGGGGUUGCCCUCUCGAACUUAAUCAAGUGCACCUUUCGAGCUUUUCUAUCCCUCAAAAUUAGGGCAGACGCUAGAAGAGAUGCGUCUCUGCAGUGCACUAAAAAGGCUCUCAUAAAUUUCUGGUUCCAUACUCUACGAUAUACGCCGAUUGAAGCAUGUACUACAGGAGAUUGUGUGGACACCUGCGCAUCUUUGCCAGUACAUCCCAUCUUUCGCAGCCCGCAAGACAACUUGAUUCCUUUUUUCUGGUGUGAACUUUCCUUAC